UUGCUAGUACAGUCCGAAAUUCUUCCCAGAAUCGAUAUAGCAGAUAGCUAUUAUUUCUUAAAGUAUAGUAUCGUGACACACGCUAACGUAAAUAAAUUUUCGAAAGCAAAUUUCCUAUCUUUUUGUUAUUCUAUAUAGUGAAAAUGGAAUAAUCAAGUCGCAAAAACAAUCCAAGUAAAAUUUAUAACAUCACUUGCCGAUUAAAACGGAUCUUAAACACAUUAAGAAAUUCACCUCAGCGAAGACAAUAAAUCUAUGAAUUGAACACUUCUGGAUUUAAAUUGCGAAUCAAAAUUGCACAUAAAACUCUGAUGAUCCAAAGAAGUAGCGCAUCGGAAGUUGGACCUGGUAAAUGGAGGAUGGAAAGCUCUAACGAUGGCUAUUGAUGAUCAAUAUAAGACACCUGUCGUCCUGGAUCAAAAAAAAGAUAUGCCCAACUAUCAAGAUCUCUUAUUAGAGAGUGUCGAUCAGCCAUGGGAAAGAGCUCUCACACCAUCCAAAGUGCCUUAUUACAUAAAUCAUAAAACGGAAACAACUCAUUGGGAUCAUCCUAUCAUGAUUCAGUUGAUGUCAUCGUUAGCUGAAUUGAAUGUAAUACAUUUUUCAGCAUAUAGAACUGCCAUGAAAUUACGAACAGUACAAAGACAACUAUGCCUUGACAGUUUAAGUAUGUCCUCAGCCGUGAGUAAUUUUGACUCACAUGGACUGAGAGCGCAAAACGAUAAAUUAAUUGAUUUACCAGAAAUGAUUACCAUACUUACGUCAUUAUACUCGUAUAUUGCAUCUAACAGUAAAGCCCAAAUCUCUGUGCCAUUAUGUAUAGAUUUAGCUGUUAAUUGGCUCCUCAAUGUGUACGAUAGUCAGCGCACAGGUCAUAUUCGAGUUUUAUCAUUCAAAGUUGGGUUAGUCUUAUUAUGUCAUGGAAACUUGGAAGAAAAAUACCGAUAUUUGUUCCGAUUAAUAGCAGAUCCAAAUAGACUAGUGAAUCAACGAAAGUUAGGUCUUCUAUUACACGAUUGCAUUCAAGUUCCCCGACAACUUGGUGAAGUAGCGGCUUUUGGUGGAUCAAACAUUGAACCAAGUGUCAGAAGUUGUUUUGAACGAACAGGAAUACAAAGAAAUGAAAUUCAAGCAGCAGAUUUUUUGUGUUGGCUUCAACAAGAACCACAAAGUAUGGUAUGGUUACCAGUUCUUCAUAGAAUAGCAGCAGCAGAGAAUGCAAAACAUCAGGCGAAGUGUAACAUCUGCAGAGAUUAUCCAAUAAUAGGCUUAAGAUACCGUUGUUUGAGAUGUUUCAACUUCGAUAUGUGUCAGAAGUGUUUUUUUUUUGGCAAAAGAGCUAAGAACCAUAAAUUGUCGCAUCCUAUGCAAGAAUAUUGCACAACGACUACUUCAGGUGAAGACGUUCGAGAUUUUACGAGGGCUUUACGUAAUAAAUUUAAAUCAAAGAGAUAUUUUCAAAAACAUCCAAGAGUUGGAUAUUUACCGGUUCAAACCGUUCUAGAGGGAGAUGCUCUAGAAAGUCCUUUUCCAUCACCUCAACAUAAUACGUUGAGUCAUGACAUGCACUCACGGUUAGAGAUGUUUGCUUCAAGACUUGCUGAAGUGGAAUCAGCUCGAAGCCCGAAAAACUCUAGUCCUGAGAGUGAUGAUGAACACCAAUUGAUUGCUCAUUAUUGCCAAAGUCUUAAUGAUAGUGCUUUAACUAUUAAUAAUAAAUCUGUUCAAGUUAUAACGAAUAUCAAUCACGAACAGAAAAUAGAACUUGAAGCCAUGAUCCAAGAACUUGAAGAUGAAAAUUCUAUUCUCCAAAACGAAUAUGAAAGCUUACGAUCAAAAGAAACCAUUGAGAUAAAUUCUGAAACGCAUGGAAGUAAUCGACGAUUAGAUUCUGAUAUGAUUGCAGAAGCAAAACUACUUAGACAGCACAAAGGAAAGUUAGAGAAACGCAUGCGAAUACUCGAAGACCAUAAUCGUCAACUAGAGGCGCAACUGCAGAGACUGAAACAACUUUUAAUAGAGGUAACGAUAAUAAAGAAGAGUUGAGCAGGUAACAUAUAAAUGAAAACUUUAAAAUAAAUACGAUAAGACAAAGAGGAAAUAUACCAAGAAAAGAAAACGUUAGUCAGAAAAGACGUGAAGAUAACGGAAAAAGAAAAACAAUAAAAUAACGAGAAUAAAAAUUUAUUGGUUCUGGAUGGUAAUUACUCACAAAGCUGAUGAUACGAAGUGUCAAUUAAAAAAUAUAAAGAAGAAAAGGAUUAACACACAGUUUAAUGAGAUUCAUAACAUCAGAAAAGAUUGAAAAAAAUAUAUCCGGGCUGAAUGCCACAAUAAAAGAUUUAAUGAAGAACCAAAUAUACAAUACAAUAAAAUCAUCAAUGAGAGAGCU